CGGCGGGAGAGGGUCUGGUUACGCAAGACUACACUGUUUGAUUGAACAGUUGAUGAAAAACUCAUCAUGUGUAAACUUCUUUGUACGGGUCGCAAAUUUUGUCCGCAAGCUUAACCAAUCACAAACAAGCUCGUCCAGCAAUCUUGUCCCGUGAGAUUAAUGGAGAGCCGUAGCGCUUCGAAGCGAGUUCGUGCGCCGGUCGCCGAUCCUGGUAUGCUUGAUUUGGAGCACGUGGACUUUGACGGGGAAGGAGAGGAGGAGUCGUUGCUGGCUAUGACCAGCGCGAUGACAACUCUGAUUGGGACGAUGAGGUACAGCGUCAAAUUGAUGCCCAGGCUGCUGUUCUGGAGGCGGAAGAGUCCGAUCAGGAGGAGGACGAGUUCACGGAUAAACAUCAAAGACUGUCACUGUGGGUCUGCCAUGAAUAUCCAGAAAUAUUCGAGAGGAACUGAUGGUUACAUCUGGAGAUGCCCUAAACACAACUGCAAAGCAACAAGAUCAGUGAGAACUGGAUCAUUUUUCUCAAACAGCAAUAUAACUUUGACAAAGUACAUGGUGAUCAUACUCCAUUAGGCAUAUGAUGACCAGGUCUUGGAUGCUUGUGAAGGAGUACAUUGUCGUUCAGUGCUUCCAGUACUUUUGUGACAUCUGCUCUUGGAAGUUGCUUCAGAUGCCAAUAAAUUCAUGUUGGGGCAGAGUGGGGCUGCACCCUAAUGUGUGUAAGAUAGAUGAAUCCUGUUUCUUGCACAAGCCCAAAGUAGUCCAUUGUGUUGAUCACACCACACAUUCUGUGAUUCUUACAGUAUGUUGCCUUUGUUGUCGCUAUGGACAUCUGGCAUGGCAUCCAGUGUUCUGUAUUGUUGAUAACUCAAUGACUCCUGCCCCUGGAUUCAUGCAAGCAGUCCAAUGUAGGGAUGUGGCAACCCUUCUGCCGAUCAUACAGGUGCACGUACUCUCAUAGACAACUAUUCAUUGCAAUGAAUGGAGAGCUUCCCAUCAGGCUAACCAGCUUUCAAAUGCCAUGUACCAAGACAGUCAACCACUCAUUUCAUUUUUGAGACCCUGCAACCGGCGUCCAUACGAUCCACAUAGAAUCCUAUUGGAAUCGAAUAAAGCUACGCCUUAAAUGCAUGAAAGGCUGUCACCGACACAUGCUGCCAUCUUACCCUGACGAGUUCAUGUGAAGGGAGAGGUAUGGGAAACAAGACAUCAAGCUUUAGAAAACAUUGUU